CUGCUCUCACAGUCAUCGUCAACCGCAGUCCCCACUCCCCACAUUCUUUCUUCUUCCUCGUUUCUGUCUUUCGACUGAAACUAACACAAGACCCUCCUGAAGAAGAAGAAGGAAGAGAGAUCUUGGGUCUCCUUGUCCGUUCAGCGUUAUGGAGAAGGCCACGGCGGCUUUGCCGAGGAAUUUCGACAGAUAUACCGAGGUCUUCGGGCGCCAACGCCGGAGUUCCGUGGAGUUCAAGAACCUCACCAAGAGGGAUGCCCAGUUCCAGCUGACUCACGAACUGCAGAAGCUCCUCCUGACGUGUCCUCCAGCGCAGAGGGACAUCACGCAGAAGAACUUCGAAGGGUUCGAAAAGCUCUACGGAAGAUUCAUCAACGAAUCUGGCGAUUCAGUUGUCUGGGAUCGCAUCGAGAAGUUACCGGAUGGAGCGAUCAAGAACUACUCGUCACUCAGGGGACCUGACCCCAACGAGGUCAAGGUCAUGCUGGACAAACUGGUUGUCGUGAAACUCAACGGAGGUCUUGGGACGUCCAUGGGAUGUCGAGGCCCGAAGUCAACCAUACCUGUGCGAUCCGACCUGACCUUCCUUGACCUCACGGUGCAGCAGAUAGAGCACCUGAACAUGAGAUAUGGAUGCAACGUCCCGUUGGUCCUCAUGAAUUCCUUCAACACGGACGAGGACACCGAGAAGGUCCUGAGGAAGUACCAAGGAUUUCAGAUCAAGACCUACACCUUCAACCAGUCGAGAUACCCGAGAAUCGACAAGGAGACUCUGAUGCCAGUCACCAAGACUUGCUCUCUUGAGGGAGAUGGAGGGUCAUGGUACCCACCGGGCCACGGGGACUUCUACACCUCCUUCAGGAACUCGGGACUUUUGGACGAGUUCGUAGCCCAGGGCAAGGAAUACGUCUUCAUCAGUAACAUCGAUAACCUGGGCGCCACCGUCGACCUCAACAUCCUCAAUUUCCUCCUCGAGGGAAGAAGAAGCGGCCGGUGUCAGUUCCUCAUGGAAGUCACCGAUAAGACCAGGGCUGAUGUCAGGUCAGGCGGUACCCUCAUCCAGUACGAAGACCGCCUAAGACUCCUGGAAAUCGCCCAGGUGCCCAAAGACCACGUCGACGACUUCAAGUCGGUGAAGACCUUCAAGAUUUUCAACACGAACAACUUGUGGAUCAAACUCAGGUCAAUACAGCACGUGCUGGACGAAGGCACCCUGGAGAUGGAAGUCAUCACCAACAACAAGACCCUGGACAACGGGCAGAAUAUCAUCCAGCUCGAGGAGGCCGUCGGGGCGGCGGUCAAAUCUUUCAGCGGCGCCGUGGGAAUCAACGUCCCCAGGUCAAGGUUCCUACCCGUCAAGAAGACGGAUGACCUUCUGCUGGUGAUGAGCAACUUGUACAACCUUCUGCAGGGGACGCUCUCGAUGUCCCCCCUGCGCAUGUUCCCCACGACGCCCCUGGUCAAACUGGGUCCCAUUCAUUUCGGGAAGGUCAAGGAUUUCCUCACGAGAUUCGCCUCAAUACCAGACAUGCUGGAAUUGGACCAUCUGGCGGUAUCUGGCGACGUUACCUUUGGUAGAGGCGUCGUUCUCAAGGGUACAGUAAUCAUCAUCGCCAACCACGGAGACAGGAUCGACAUCCCGGCUGGAUCCCUCCUGGAAAACAAAAUCGUAUCUGGAAACCUCCGCAUAUUGGACCACUAAGAGACUUGAAAGAAAGAAAGCCAUUCGAUCCUUUAAAAAACCAUUGUUUUGAAAUCAAUAGGAAACCGAAGCAGAAUUCGGUCAUUCAUUGGAUCUCUUAUCCUGUCAUAAUCCAUCUUUUGAAUAAAGUAUUUUCUUGCUA